GUUAAAAUAAAUGUAAUCAAUACUUACGCAAUGUGAAUGCUUAGAUGAGGAAUAUAAAUAAUUAGUCAUGAAAAUACAUGAUAUGCUAGAUGACUUGAGUAUAGUUAGUCUGGAAUUUGUGAAUUCUAAAUUAGAAUUUUUGGAUAAAUACUCUAAAACGCUAAAAUCCAGUUAGAUCGAUGCUCGUUUGCAUCGUAAUUCAUAGAUGAGGAAUUUAAUUGAGUAUAUAAAGAUGCAUAAGAAAACUUAGGUAAAAUCUUAAGCACAAUCUCCUCCGGCAAAAAUGGCUCAUCAUAGGCCAAAGUAUUCAUUCAAUGAGAAAGCAUUUUCGAAUUUGCUCUAUGAAAGCAUGAACUAAAUCACCUAGCAAAAGACAUAGGACAAUGAGGCAGAUAUGUAGUGUUCAAAAUCAUAGGCUCUAAAAUAGAAAAGCUUGAAUACUUUGUAAAUUUUAAUUAAGAAACAAAAGAAUGACUAAAGAAAGGGAAAUGAGGACAUGUUUAAAUUAUUAUAGAAAUGCAUGAAUCUGAUUGGAGGAAACAAACAUUUAUUUGAUGAGCAUGAUGAAUUGCAGCAAGAGUAUCAAAGGAUAGUAAAGAACAACAAACAUAUUUCAAGCAAAGUCAAUUUAGAGAUGAAGUCUUACAAGAUAAAACAAAAUAUUUCCUAAUUAAUGGCUAGCUAAGAAUCAUUUAAGUCAUACUUGAACUCAAUAAUAUGA